AUUUACUCAUCAUUUUUUUCUCUCACAGACACUCAGAUAAACACACAGAGAGCAAUUCAGAUACCUCACCUUUUCCUUCUCUCUCUUUCUCUUUCUCUCUCCCUCUCUGUUUCCCAUAACUCAAACACAGCUUUUGACCCUCUAACCAUGGUGCUUGUCAAACUUGCAGACUGGGUUUUGUACAAGCUCUUAGCAAAUUCAUGCUACAGAGCAGCAAGGAAAAUGAAAAAUUAUGGUUUUCUUUUAAAAAACUCAACCUUCAGAUCACCACCAUCAUCACAGCAACCUACUCUGUUUCCUAGCAUUACCAAAUGUUGUUUGGAUGGUAGAGAUUCUGAUACACUUGUUUGUGAUGUCCAUGGUGUUCUUUUGAGGUCCAACUCUUUUUUCCCUUAUUUCAUGCUCAUUGCCUUUGAAGGUGGUAGUAUUUUCAGAGCAUUUCUUUUGCUUUUAUCAUGCUCUUUUCUAUGGGUUUUGGACUAUGAACUCAAGCUGAGGGUCAUGAUUUUCAUUUCCUUUUGUGGGCUUAAAACAAAGAAUAUUGAGAGUGUUGGCAGAGCUGUUCUGCCCAAGUUUUACCUUGAAAAUCUUAACCGUCAGGCCUAUGAAAUUUUGGCUUCUACUGGUUCUAAGGUUGUCUUCACAAGUGUCCCUAGAGUUGUGGUUGAAGGAUUUCUCAGAGAUUAUUUGGGUGUUGAUUGUGUUAAAGGGACUGAGUUGCAUACCAUUGGGGGUUACUUUACUGGUUUCGUUUCCGGGUCUGGUUUCCUUGUGAAACACAGAGCUCUUAAGGAAUAUUUUGGAGAUAAAAUUCCUGAUGUUGGUCUUGGAAAUUCUAGCCUACAUGACCAACUUUUUUUAUCCCUCUGCAAGGAAGCCUAUGUAAUCAACAAGGAAGAGUGCAAAAGCAGUGCAAGUUCAAUUAUGCCAAGGGAAAAAUACCCAAAACCACUCAUAUUCCAUGAUGGAAGGCUUGCUUUCUUGCCCACACCAUUUGCAACUCUUUCAAUGUUCAUGUGGCUUCCUUUUGGGAUAAUGCUUGCCAUUUUCAGGCUCUCUAUUGGGAUUUUCCUCCCUUACAAAAUGGCAUUCCAAUUGGGAACUUUGAGCGGUCUGGCUAUAAGAGUUAAAGGUUCCAUCAAUCCUAACCCUUCAUCAACACCAAAUCAUGAUCAUCAAAAUCAAGAUCACAAAAAAGGAGUACUCUAUGUUUGCACACACAGAACACUCUUAGACCCAGUUUUCCUAAGCACAUCAUUAGCCAAGCCAUUGACUGCUGUGACAUACAGUGUGAGCAAAAUGUCUGAAAUUAUAGCUCCAAUAAGAACAGUGAGGUUGACAAGGGAUAGGAAAAAAGAUGGAGAAACUAUGAAGAAAUUGCUCAGUGAAGGUGACUUGGUGGUUUGCCCAGAAGGAACAACUUGUAGAGAACCAUAUUUGUUAAGGUUUAGCUCAUUGUUUGCUGAAUUAGCAGAGGAAAUUGUUCCUGUUGCUAUUAAUACCCAUGUGAGCAUGUUCUAUGGCACUACAGCUAGUGGGCUAAAAUGUUUGGACCCAAUUUUCUUCUUGAUGAACCCCAGGCCUAGUUAUUACCUUCACAUUCUUGGGAAAGUACCAAAACAGCUUACUGUUGCUGGUGGGAGGUCAAGCUUUGAAGUGGCUAAUUAUAUUCAAAGGAAAUUGGGUGAUGCAUUGGGAUUUGAAUGUACUAGUUUUACAAGGAAGGACAAGUAUUUGAUGCUAGCAGGGAAUGAAGGAAUUGUUUGCGAUAAUAAGAGAAAGAAAUCCUAGCUAUACAGUUCGGUUCAGAAAGUUGCCGAUGAUGAUGCCCAAUAGCCCCUUUCUUAUGAUAUAUAUAUAUAUAUAUAUAUGUAUUGGAGUUUGAUGAUCAACAUUUUUUUUUUGUUAACUAACAAAAUUUUCUUUAAUUUGUUUUCUCUGUUAAGAGGCUGCAUGUAAGGAAACCAUAUAUCUUUUUGUCUGUUAUUAUAUAUUUGUUGUUGUUUUGAUAGAUCCACAGUUGUGAAACCCUUAAUCUCUUAUUAAUCGAUAUUAUUCUUGUUUGGUUUUCAUUGAUAAUGCAUGAAUCUCGAUAGACCAUGCAUGCAUGGCUCAUGCACAAAUAUGAUAAGAUAUAUAUGUGGGUAUGGAUAUGGGGAGCAAUGUAAUGAUGAUUAUUCUGGGUCUUUAAUUAAGGCCUGAGAUGGGAAUUGUUUCCCUAAAUUUGUGUUGAGAUGUGUGCACGUGACAGCAGGAUUGCAUUUUUUGUCAAAGGUUCUGCAUCUGUAUUGGCA